UCCAUGAAGAAUCGUACAGACGUGACCGAUUUCAUCCUGCUGGGACUAACCGAUAACCCAGAACUGCAGUUUCCUCUCUUUAUAAUGUUCACGCUCAUCUACCUCGUCACUCUGAUUGGAAACCUGGGGAUGAUCGUGCUGAUCUUGCUGGACUGUCGUCUCCACACUCCUAUGUAUUUCUUCCUCAGUAACCUGUCUCUGGUUGACUUUUGUUACUCCUCAACAGUCACUCCCAAGGUCAUGGCUGGGCUCCUAACGGGAGACAAGGUCAUCUCCUACAAUGCAUGUGCUGCCCAGAUGUUCUUUUUUGCAGUCUUUGCCACUGUGGAAAAUUACCUCUUGGCCUCAAUGGCCUAUGACCGCUAUGCAGCAGUGUGCAAACCCCUCCAUUACACCACCACCAUGACGACAGGUGUGUGUGCUUGUCUGGCCAUAGGCUCCUAUGCCUGUGGCGUCUUAAAUGCCUCUAUAAACAUUGGAGACACCUUUAGUCUCUCUUUCUGUGUGUCCAAUGUGGUUCAUCACUUUUUCUGUGAUAUUCCAGCUGUCAUGACUUUGACGUGCUCUGAUAAACAGAAAAGUGAGCUGAUUCUUGUUUUUAUCUCAAGCUUCAAUGUCUUUUUUGCACUUUUUGUCAUCUUUAUUUCCUACCUGUUCAUAUUUACUACCAUUCUGAAGAUACACUCAGGUGAGGGAUACCAGAAGGCUUUAUCCACCUGUGUGUCUCACCUCAUUACAGUUUCCAUAUUUUAUGGGACAGUCAUCAUCAUGUACUUACAGCCAAGUUCCAGCCAUUCCAUGGACACAGACAAAAUUGCAUCCGUGUUCUACACUGUGCUCGUCCCCAUGCUGAACCCUGUGGUCUACAGCCUGAGGAACAAAGAGGUCAAGAAUGCAUUCAAAAAGGUUGUUAAAAAGGCAAACUUUUCGGAGCGCCUGGGUGGCGCAUGGAGUAAUCGCUCAUCCACCUCAUUCACCCUUGUACUGGAAAUACUGGACAGCCCCAAUCUUGCCUUGUCUCGGUAUUAG